UAAUAAACAGUCUCCAAAAUCCCUUCAAGGGAAAUGAAGAAUGAAAAAUAAAAACCACGCCGCCGUCUCAGCAAAGGAGGCAAACUUUUCAAGGUACUAUUCUCAUGCAGGUGCCAAGGCAAACUUGAUAACAUUCUACACUAGGGGAGUCUAGCCUUUAAACAAGAAUGCAGACUAGAAAUGGCCUGGAAAAUACUCCGCCACCCGCCCCCUUCGAGCUUAGACACGCUCGACGUUUGGAGCGAGGACCGCAAGGAAGUCGUCAUGGUAAUGUGUAGCGGCAAGACUGAAGAAAAGGUUACGGCUACGGUAGAUGGUAAGAACAUGUCCUCAAAUGGCGACCACUUCAUCAAUCAUCUGGAGCAUCUUUGUUCUUCAACUGGUCUUGUCUAUUCUUAG